GUCAAAACUCAAAUCACUGACGUAGUAGUGGAACUUGGAAGUUUGAUAGUGAAAGCCGAAUUUUAAAGGUUGAGCUAGCUUCAAAGUUAAAAUACGUUUUGAGAACUUCAAUUAUUUAGAGAAUCAUGGCAGAGGCAAGAAGUGCUGUGGCAGAAUUGCGAGUGAAAGAGAUUGAAGAAGGUCACAACUCAACAAAAGAUAUUAUUCGUGCAUGGAGAAAAGCUCUUGUUCGCCGUUUCUACAGAACACGGAAUUCUAUUCACAAUGGUAUGUGGCCAACAUCUAUAUCUAACCUCAUCCUAGCAGUUGUUAUUUUUCUUCUUUUAUUACUUUGUGAACCAGACUUUACAUCAUCUCUCAACAUGUGGCUCUGGCAAGUAGACUUACUUUUACACCUUCCAAGAGGAUUACCAAGAACCUUACGGGCAGCUUUUAUAGCAUGCAUCGUUAGUUUUGUAUUUUUCCUACUUCUCAUGAAGGUUCGGCAGUAUAUACUGCGCAUAUUGUUGUCUUACAGGGGGUGGAUGUAUGAAUAUCUUCGGACCCAGUCUAAGUGGACUUUGUUAUGGUGUUGUAUGGUGAAGUUAGUUAGUGGCUAUCAGCCAUCACUAUAUAGUUGUCAGCGUUCUUUACCUCGUAUGCCAGUCCCACCACUUAGAGACACCCUCAAGAAACUGAUGGUGUCUUUAAAACCACUUUGUAAUGAGGAAGAACUGCAAGUUUUAAAGAAACAGUCUAAGGACUUUGAGGCAACAGUAGGACCAAAACUACAAAAAAUUCUUAUUUUAAAGUCGUGGCUGUCACAGAACUAUGUUAGUGAUUGGUGGGAGAAAUAUGUUUAUCUUCGUAGUAGGAGCCCAUUACCUAUUAAUAGCAACUAUUAUUGCUUUGACCAUAGUUACUGGACACCCACUAGUUCUCCAGCAGCCAGAGCAGCUACUGUAAUCUACAACUCUAUGAACUUUAAGCGGUUGAUAGACAGAGAAGAGCUUCAUCCACUGAUGUUGAGGAACACUGUGCCUAUGUGUAUGGCUCAAUAUGAACGAAUACUUUCUACAGUAAGAAUUCCGGGGGAAGAUAUGGAUGAAGUGGUACAUAUUGAACCAUCACAAUCAAAACAUGUGGUGAUCAUGUAUAGAGGUAUAUUUUAUAAAGUCAAUGUCUAUGACUCGUCUUUUCAACUUCUUUGUCCUGCAACUCUGGAGCAGCAGAUACAAUGGAUUUUAGAGGAUGCAAAAAUACAAGCAGAGACUGUAUCAGAUGAAGAAAAAUCUCUUGCUGCAUUAACUUCACUGGGCCGUACAGAGUGGGCAAAACUUCGAAAGAUCUGGCUAAGCUCAGGAGUAAACAAGGAAAGCUUAGAUGCAAUAGAAAAAUCUGUGUUUUUUAUGGCACUGUUAGAUCUAAAACCUACUUCCUUAACUGAGAGAGCUAACCUGCUAUUGUGUGGAGAUGGCUCUAGUGUAUGGUUUGACAAAUCUUUGAGUGUCCAGAUUUUUGGGAAUGCUAGAGGUGGGAUGAACUGUGAACACAGCAUGGCUGAUGCCCCUGCUCUUGCUCACAUGUGGGAAUAUGUUAUGACAAAGGAAGUCUUGGAAAAACAAUAUGAUGAAGACGGAAGUUGUAUGCCACCACACAGACCAUUUAAGCAAGCUACAGUGAAGAAACCUCAACGUUUAGUUUGGGAAGUUGUCCCAGAAUUUGCUAAAGAAAUUCGUAGUGCCCUGCAAUUUGCAAAAAAGAACAGUAGUGAUGUUGACUUGGUUCUUCAUGAUCAUGACAAAUGGGGUAAAGGAGAAAUCAAGAAAUGCAAGGUUUCUCCAGAUGCUUUCAUACAGAUGGCUUUACAGUUAGCAUAUUAUAAAGAAACUAAGCAUUUUCCUCAGACUUAUGAAGCUUGCAUGACUCGUAUGUACUUGUGGGGAAGAACAGAAACUAUGCGCUCAUGCACUCCUGAAUCAGCUGAUUUUGUUCGAGCAAUGAUGCAGAAUAGCAUUAGCAAAAAUGAGAAAAUCAGACUUUUGAAGAGAGCAGCUGAAGUACACCAAACAAUGUAUAGAGAUGCUAUGAAUGGGAUGGGAAUUGAUCGUCACUUGUUUGCUCUGUAUGUUGCCUGCAAGGGUUUAAACUAUGAGAGUGAGUUUUUAGAAAACAUUAUUCAUAGACCUUGGACACUGUCUACAAGCCAGACUCCUCAUACACAGCUAACCACUACACCUGAUGUCAAUCUAAAGACAUUUAGUAAUAAGCUUGGCCCAGGAGGAGGAUUUGGACCUGUAUCAGAUGAUGGUUAUGGGGUGUCCUAUGUCAUUCCAAAUGACCACAAAUUUUUCUUUCAUGUUUCUUCUAAGCGGUCUUGCCCUCACACUGACUCUGAACGGUUUGUUCAGCUGAUAUUUGAUAGUUUAGAGGAGAUGCGGAGUCUUUAUGGUUCAGAGUAAUCAUUAAACUCAGGGAAAUGUUUUACUAGAGUGUUUGCAACAGAAGCAUUAAGUUUGUUCAGUUUUCUGAUUAAGUACACUUAUAUUACUUAUUGUUGCUUUUUAUAUCAUUAUAGCAAUCUACAGAACACAAGUCUGUAUUUAAAAAUUGAAAAUUCUCAUGACAUUUGCAAGUUCAGAAAAAUAUUAGUUAAGAAUUGAAUAUAAUAAGUGCAAUGAAAUAUUUGGCCUGUUUUCUCCUGAAAAGACACAAGAUUCUGUAGUUGAUUAAACACAUUGCUCAUAAUACUUAAAAGAACUUAAUUGCCAUUCUUGCCUUGAUGAUGUACAGUAGCUUAUGCUGUUAUUUUCCAACAAAACUUUUUGUUUAGAUGAAAUGCUGGUUGUAUAAGUGAAAAUUUGUUUUAGUGUCUAUGCAGUGUCAUGGUUUUAAUUGGAAAGUAGUUUGUUAUUAUACAUCUUAGCAUAGUGCAGCUUUUUUUCAUAUAAAAAGUUGUCAAAUUAUACUUUAUUUUUUAUUACAUUAACACAGUAGAUGUUUUAGUUGGAAGUCUGUUUAUUGUACUGCAGUCAAGUCUCAAAAAAGUUUCUGCUCAUAUGAAAUGGACGAACAGUAAAUACAUACGUUGAACUGGAUCUUUGAUCUCAGAAAAUGAAAAAAGUUCAUUGACAUACAAGUUGGAUUCUCAUCUGAUAGUAGUAUAACCAUUGUUGUUGUAAUUUAAUUUUGUUCUUUCAUCAUAAGAAAUUGGGGGGUCAGUUAAUGUAACUCAUAUAACUAUUUAAAAAAGAAUUAUUUUCUUGUAGUUGACAUAACCAUUAUUUAAACAUAAAUUGGAUUAGGGCAACCAUAAAAUUAAGCAGUUUAACUAACAUAAAUUAAUUUGAAUCUCUUAUACACAAAAUGUUCCAUUAAGUUUAAAAUAACCAUAUCAUUUAUUGAUAAUACCUGAUGUUAUAGCCAUGUGUAAGAAGAUUCUGUAAAAUAAUUAAAUUUCUUGAGCACACCAGUACAACUGAAACCUGAACUAAACUGGGUUUAAUUUAAAUGUAAUUAUGAGAAUGAAUGAUUGUGCAUUUCUCAUAUUUAUAUUGGUUUAAACCUGAAAAUUCAUUAGUUUAUAUUUUGUUACCAUGUUGGACUUUACCAGUAGUAUUGUUAUUCAAUUUAUACAAGUACUUUUUUUUUCUUCACUUAUUUUAUGUUGUUAUAGUGCCAGAACUUUUAUUGUAGUCCAGAGAUUUCUUUUAUGGCACAUUUUGUACUCUCAUCUUAAACUAAUUCUAGUUUAAAUAUGUAGGAAAAACAUUUACUACAGGAGUUGUGUGUGGUAUAGAGAUAUCAAGUUGUUUAAAACAGUGUUAAACUUUCAUAACCCUUGUUUGAUAAUUGCUUGACAUCGUAAUUUAAGCAGCUUGAGUCUUAAAUGUCAUUAAAAUUGAAGUGAAAAGCUUUGCUAAAUAUGUAAAUGUUUUAAUACCCAUUGAAUGUUGAAAAACAAAUCUAGUUGUUUACCACUUGGGGAAAUUUAUUACUGGAGGUUAAUAAACCAGUGUGUUUGUAAAACAGUAAGAAACAUACAAAAUAGUAUGUCAAAAAUAGUAUUCGGUAUCAUAUGAAAAAAAUAAUUAUAUUGCUGCAUAUACAAAGGUGAAUGCAAAUUGAAAACUUGUUUUGAAGACAGAUUUUUCCUUACAUCAUGUGAUCAUAAUGAACUGAAAUAGUUUAAUACAUAAUUUGCUGAGAUUUAAGAAUUCUAUACAAUUCUUUACAACUAAAGGCAGAAGUUUUAGCCUAGAACAGAAUAUCAUCAAAAACUGUUGUUUCCUGAUGUAGUUUGUUUUCAUGACUUGCUAAGGGGUGUUACUUGGUUAUUUUGUUAGUAGUAUGUUUUCGGGCAUCCAUUUCUUACAUUCCAUUCUGAAUAUUUAUUGGUUAUUAUUUUUAAGUUUUAGCCUUUCAGAUUCAUUUUAAAAUUGAAGUACUGAUUUUUGAAAAUGAGUUGGAAAGCUAGUUGAAUGUGUGUAAGCAAAAUAUCAUUUAAUGAUGAUUCAGAGGAAUAGAUAAACAGAGUAACUUGAAAGAAAGGUUACUAAGGGUUUAUAGCUUUUCUAUAAACAAAAUGUUAAUUAUCUAUUUAAAACUUCUUAUAUGACACCAUUUAAACUUAUUUAAAUGUAAUGUAUUGUUUUAGCAUUUAUAAUUGUCAUUAGUAGUAAUUUUUUUAAAUUAAAGUUGUUGAUUCGAGAAGUAUGUUUUUACAAGUGAUUUAUAAUUGUGAUUUAUGAACUUCCCAGUUAAAUACAUACACAGUUAUGUUUCAUGCUAUAGUGUUGUUAAAUCUCUGAGCAGGAUGAUUUGUUGUGGUGUUCUCAUUAUCUUUUAAUGUGAUGCAUAAUGGUGACAUUGAUCAUUUGACAAGGCCUCACAAGCAUAUAAAGGUAUUUGAUAGCUGUAUUAAUCUGAUAUGCUGCUUUGAACACAAUUUUCAUAUGAUUAGAUUUCACAGGUUGUGUGUGAUAUCUGGAAGCAAG